AUGUCGGGCGGGCGGAGGGCGAGCGGCGGGCCGGGCGGCGGGCGGGCGCUGGGGCUGGGCGCUGUGCUGCUGUGGCUGUGCUGGCGGGCGGCGGCGGAGCGGCUCCGCUACUCCAUCCCCGAGGAGCUGCCCAGAGGCUCGCUGGUGGGGCCGCUGGCCCGGGACCUGGGGCUCAGCGCCGACGAGCUGCCGGCGCGCAAGCUGCGGCUCAGCGCGGACAAGCAAUACUUCACGGUGAGCGAGGGGAACGGGAACCUGUACGUGAGCGAGAGGCUGGACCGGGAGGAGCUGUGCGGCGAGUCGUUGUCCUGCUCGGUCAGCUUCGAGGCGCUGGUGCACAACCCGCUCAACGUCUUCCAUGUCGAGGUGGCCAUUGAGGAUGUGAACGACAACUCCCCGGUCUUCAGGAAGGCUGUUUUGGAACUCGAGAUUGGUGAAUGGACACUUCCAGGUGCUCGUUUUCCUCUGGAGGUGGCCCGAGAUGCGGACGUGGGCAGCAACUCACUGCUGACUUAUGAGCUCAGCAGCAACCCGUCCUUCAGUCUGGCCAUGAAGGAGAGGCAAGCCGGAAAGAAGCAGCCGGAAUUAGUGCUGGAGAGAGCGUUGGAUCGGGAGAAGCAGAGCUCCUUUGAGCUGGUGCUGACGGCAGUGGAUGGCGGGGACCCAGCGAGAUCCGGGACUGUCCAGAUUCGCGUCAACGUGAUGGACUUAAACGACAACCCACCCGUGUUCAGCAAGAUAGUGUACGAGGCUCGAGUGGCGGAGAAUCUGCCGGCGGGGUCGCUGGUGCUGCAGGUGCGGGCCACGGAUGCGGACGCGGGGUCCAAUGGGCGGGUCUUCUAUUCCUUCGGUGACGUCUCGGAAGUCGUCAGAGCGUUAUUCUCUGUUGACAGCGAGAGCGGUGAGAUCAGAACAGCGGGUCCCCUCGACUUCGAGGAGAAGAGUAAGUACAGCUUCGGCCUGGAGGCGACGGACGGCGGCGGGCUCACCGAUCACUGCGAAGUGCAGAUAGACGUCACGGACGAGAACGACAAUGCCCCUGAGAUCACGAUUCUGUCACUGUCGAGCCCCGUACCCGAGGACGCGCCUGUCGGCACCGUGGUGGCUCUGCUGAAAGUGCGGGACCGGGACUCCGGCGAGAACGGUGAGGUGUCGUGCGAGCUGUCGGGAGAGGCGCCGCUGUCGAUCGUGACGUCGUCGGGCGGCUCAUACAAGGUGGUGACGGCGAGCGCGCUGGACCGCGAGCAGGCGUCCGAGCACCGCGUGACGGUGGUGGCCCGGGACCGGGGCAGGCCGGCGCUGUGGAGCAGCAGGGAGCUGUUGCUGGAGGUGUCGGACGUGAACGACAACGCGCCGGUGUUCGAGGAGGCGUCGUACAGCGCGUACGUGCGGGAGAACAACGCGGUGGGCUUGCUGGUGUUGCGCGUUGUGGCUCGGGACUUGGACGCGGGCGCGAACGGGCGCGUGAGCUACUGGCUGUCGGGCGGCAGCGCGGGCGCGGCGGGCGCGGCGCCGCUGGUGUCGGUGGAGGCGCGGAGCGGCGCGGUGUACGCGCAGCGCUCGUUGGACUACGAGCAGUGCCGCGAGUUCUCGGUGGCCGUGCGGGCGCAGGACGGCGGGUCGCCGGCGCGCAGCUCGACGGCCACGGUGCGCGUCUUCGUGCUCGACCAGAACGACAACGCGCCGCGGGUGCUCUACCCGCCCCCGCCGGCGGCAGCGGGAUCAUCCCCGGGCUCGGUGGGUUCGGCUUUCGAGGUGGUGCCGCGUUCGGCGUCGUCCGGGUACCUGGUGGGCAAGGUGGUGGCGGUGGACGCGGACGCGGGGCGCAACGCGUGGCUGUCGUACGAGCUGGUGCAGGCGUCGGAGCCGGCGCUGUUCCGCGUGGGGCUGCAGAGCGGCGAGGUGCGCACGGCGCGGGCCGUGUCGGAGAGGGACGCGGCCAAGCAGCGCCUGGUGGCCGUGGUGAAGGACCACGGCGAGCCGGCGCUGUCGGCCACGGCCACGCUGCACGUGGUGCUGGCCGAGAGCUUGCAGGAGGCGCUGCCGGAGCUGAGCGAGCGGGCGGCGGGCGCCGAGGCGGCGGGCGAGCUGCAGUUCUACCUGGUGCUGGCGCUGGCGCUGCUGUCGGCGCUGUUGGUGCUGAGCGUGGCGCUGGCCGUGCUGGCGCGGCUGCGGCGGGCCGGGCCGCCCGCCGUGCUGCGCUGCCUGGGCGCGCAGCGCUUGUCGCUGGCCGGCGCCGCCUUCCCGGCCGACUUCUGCGAGGGCACCUUGCCCUACUCCUACAACCUGUGCGUGGCGGCGCCGCCCCGCGCCAACCCCGAGGCCGCUUGGCCGCCGCCGCCGCUGCCCAUCGUGCCCGCGGAGGAGCUUGUGGCCGGGGAGCCCUGCGAGAAGCCGAGUCCGAGCAGCAGCGCCGUCCUGGGAGAGCCGCCUGCCGACCCCGACGCACCACAGGUCUGUAAGAGCCUUCACUCGUUCUCUCUCAGCUUUUCCUAACCACGUGUUGCUGGCAGCAGCGGGCUCUUGGGCUUUGUUUUUGUUUUGAGGCAGGUAUUGCUGUUUCGUGUUUACACAAACGAAUCAAAUAAUUUUGUCUUGUGUCUAUUUUGCCUAUGCGAUAGAGCACUUUCUGUCGCCUCAGUUGUGGUUUAGCUCUUUUUUCGGUUCAUCUGAAGCUUUUAUUCAGAUUCAGACGUGGAAUUACGUCUAACAAAUGUGUGUUUCUUACAAUAUUAUGAAAUUGUGGAAAUUAUAUUAGUUUUCCUUCCUGACCGUUGUUUCUUGAAGCCACGCACUUCAACCUCAUAGAUAGUUGGAGUAAAACCCGUUGCUAAGUGUUAUUGCAGUGUUGUAGUAUCAAAGGACAUUUGUGUGUGACUCCAGGCAUAGAGAAGUUUAACCUCUACUGUGUGUCCUCACAUCUUUUGAGGAAAGGAUGCUGCUGGAACGGUUACGCCACAGGGAGAGGGUUAUUUAGGAUCUAAAAAGAACCCUAAAAAACAAACCAAAAAACCUCCCAAAGACAAAGCACAGGAGCAAAGAAAGCCCCAGAAAAAAAUCCCUCGUGCUUUGUAUUUCAAAGCCUCUUUCAUUAUUUUAUCACUCUUUCCUAGAAAAUUUUCUUAUUAUAUACGGUGAAGAAGUUGCCUUAUAUUAUGUUUUUGUG